AUGGAUAAAAUACUGAACUGGUCAUUAGCGCAACAGGACCCUGAGACUGCUGGGAAGGUGCCAGCUCCUGAUUCCAAGCUUCUUGCGAAGCUGUUUGGAGCCGCUGACGAUCCACAGCUGAUGAAGGAGGCCAUUGCAGUGGUUCAAUCCGAGGAGGCGGAGUUGGAGACCAAGCUGACGGCGUUGGAGAACUUCGAGAUGCUCAUUGAGAACCUGGACAACGCCAACAACAUUGAGAACAUGAAGAUGUGGGAUGCGAUCAUAGAUCUGCUCUCGCUGGAGAAGGAACUGGAGUUACAGCAGUUGGCAUGCUCCAUUGUGGGAACAGCUGUACAGAACAACGACAAGUCGCAAGCAGAUUUCACCAAGUAUCCACAGGGUGUACCGAGUCUGAUUGCGCUUGCGCACAAGAAGGAGUCGAGACUGAAGAGUCUCUAUGCUCUUUCCAGUCUGAUCAGAAACAAUACAAAGGCUUAUGAGUCCUUUGACGAGCACAAAGGAUGGGAGUUGAUUGGGCCUAUACUCUCGGAUGAUGAGACUGACAAUAAGACGAAGUUGAGAUCUUUGAGUCUGUUAAGCUCGAUCCUGAGCUCAGGGAAACAAGAGGACGUUUGGGAUCACAUUAGACAAUACGAUAUUGUGAUCAAGUUGGCAUCGUUGAUAUCAAAGGAGAAUGACAUUUCACUCGUUGACAAGGCUAUCAACAUUAUAGUGGAAUUGAUCAGGGCUGGCUUCAAAUUCACGGACAGUGAUCGUAAAGUAAUAACGGAGAAAGUUGGCUUCAUCGAGACAGAGUUGAUGGAUGUGGUUAACUUGGAUGACGUGCAGAUCUUGAGGCAAGUAACUCUUUGA